AUGGAGUCGAACAGUCAGUAUGCUCGGAUGGACUACUGGGAUGAGCGGUUCAAAACGGAGCAGAAGUUCGAAUGGCUCAGUGGUCUGGAGGCAUUUCAGCACAUUUUGACGCCGUUGGUCGAUAAACAAUCGAGGUUUUGAAGGGAUAAAAGAAAGAAAGAGAAACUGGAAACAUUCAGAAUUGCUCAUAUUGGAUGCGGUUCCAGCGAAGUUUCGAUGCAGUUGUGGGGGCUCGGCUACAAAAAUAUUACGAAUAUCGACUAUUCACAGGUCAGAAGUUCUGACUCAGAACUGACAUUCAUAUCGAAAUAGAACUUGUAGGUUCUGAUCGAAAACGGAAAACAGCAGCACCCGUACAUGGAAUGGAUCGCCGACGAUAUUCAUUCGCUCUCCAACUGCCCCUCUUCUUCGUUCGACGUCGUCUUUGAAAAGGCGACGAUCGAGGCGAUUCUCGUGACGGAGCGGAGCGCGUGGGAGCCGUCCGACUCGGCGCUCCGCAGCCUCGAGGCCAUUUUCUCGUCGGUAUCCCGGAUUCUGAAGCCGAACGGAAUGUUCAUCUCCGUCUCGUUCACGCAGCCGCACUUCCGAAUUCCGGCGCUGCUUAGAGAGAAGAGUUGGUCGGUCGAAAUGUUCGAAUUCGGGGAAUCAUUUCAUUAUUUCGUUUAUGUAUGCAGAAAAGGGAAAGAGUCGGACAACGAGCUCGCCAGACGGUACAGCUCGAUUGCCAAGUCGUGGCUUCGACCUUUAUAG